UGUGAAAAAUUACAGUAAUGCCACUAACAGAAACAAAUGAUCUCCCAAACCGGGGGCGUAGGUUGUUAUGACACUCCUCACGGCGAACGCUCUCGGCUCACUUCUCGCGAAUGCAAUCUCCACGAGCUCUAUGCGUUUGGGCCGUGUCGUCCACGCGCGAAUCGUCAAGACCCUCGACUCGCCUCCUCCUCCCUUCCUGGCAAACUACCUCAUCAACAUGUACUCCAAACUCGACCAUCCCGACUCGGCUCGACUCCUUCUCCGCCUAACUCCUUCCCGGAACGUCGUCUCUUGGACGUCACUCGUGUCCGGGCUAGUUCAAAACGGUCACUUCUCCUCCGCGUUGCUUGAGUUCUUGGAAAUGCGACGGGAAGGUGUUUUCCCUAACGACUUCACCUUCCCUUGCGCCUUCAAAGCCGCGGCUUCUUUGCGGUGGCCGGUUACUGGGAAACAGAUUCAUGCGCUUUCUGUCAAGUGUGGACGUAUACUUGAUGUCUUUGUUGGCUGCAGUGCUUUUGAUAUGUAUUGUAAGACCAAGCUUAGGGGUGAUGCUCGCAAGAUGUUCGAUGAAAUUCCUCAGAGGAAUCUUGCAACUUGGAAUGCUUUUUUGUCUAACUCUGUCACUGAUGGAAGGCCUAGGGAAGCUGUUGGAGCUUUUAUUGAGUUCAGGAAGAUUGGUGGACACCCCAAUUCCAUAACUUUUUGCGCUUUCCUAAAUGCUUGCUCAGAUGGGUUGUUACUUAGUCUAGGUGAGCAGUUGCAUGGGCUUGUGUUUUGUAGCGGGUUCGAUACAGAUGUGUCAGUGUGUAAUGGGUUGAUCGAUUUCUAUGGAAAGUGUAAGAAGAUUCACUGCAGUGAAACUGUGUUUGCUGAAAUGGGGACAAGAAAUGCUGUUUCUUGGUGUUCCUUGGUGGCUGCGUAUGUGCAGAAUCAUGAAGAUGAGAAGGCGUCUUUGUUGUUCCUACGUUCAAGGAAGGAGAUUGUUGAGACUUCUGAUUUUAUGAUCUCAAGCACUCUGAGUGCGUGUGCCGGUAUGGCAGGUCUUGAGUUGGGGAGAUCGGUACAUGCUCACGCUGUGAAAGCUUGCGUUGAAAGGACUAUCUUUGUGGGAAGUGCACUAGUUGACAUGUAUGGAAAAUGCGGAUGUAUAGAAGAUUCUGAACAAGCUUUCGAUGAGAUGCCUGAAAAGAACUUAGUGACGAUGAAUUCACUGAUCGGUGGAUAUGCUCAUCAGGGUCAGGUUGAUAUGGCAUUGGCGUUAUUUGAUCAAAUGGCACCACGUGGUUCCGGUCCGGCUCCAAAUUAUAUGACGUUUGUGUCCGUGCUUUCAGCUUGUAGUAGAGCAGGGGAUGUGGAAAACGGUAUGGAGAUAUUUGAUUCGAUGAAGAGCAGUUACGGCAUCGAGCCAGGAGCUGAGCACUAUUCAUGCGUUGUCGACAUGCUAGGGAGAGCUGGGAUGGUGGAACGAGCAUACGAAUUCAUAAAGAAAAUGCCAAUUCAACCCACAAUCUCGGUUUGGGGCGCUCUUCAGAAUGCUUGUAGGAUGCAUAGUAAGCCACACCUCGGAGUAUUGGCAGCUGAGAACCUUUUUAAACUUGACCCUAAAGAUUCUGGCAACCACGUUCUGCUUUCCAAUACGUUUGCAGCAGCUGGAAGGUGGGCGGAAGCCAACACCGUGAGAGAGGAGAUGAAAGGGGUAGGAAUCAGGAAAGGAACCGGGUACAGUUGGGUCACAGUAAAGAACCAAAUCCAUACGUUUCAAGCUAAGGACAUAUCACACAGAAUGAACAAAGAGAUCCAGACAAUGCUGUCCAAGCUAAGGAAUGAGAUGGAGGCUGCAGGGUACAAGCCCGACCUGAAACUCUCUCUUUACGAUCUGGAGGAAGAGGAGAAAGCAGCGGAAGUCGCGCACCACAGUGAGAAACUGGCUCUAGCGUUUGGCUUGCUAGCUUUACCACUCGGUGUUCCCAUCAGGAUCACAAAGAACCUUAGGAUCUGUGGAGAUUGUCACAGCUUCUUCAAGUUUGUGUCUGGGAGUGUUAAGAGAGAUAUCAUUGUGAGAGACAAUAACCGGUUUCAUCGGUUCGUGGGUGGGACUUGUUCUUGUAAGGAUUAUUGGUAAUGUUAGUUUAGGUUAAAGUUUUAUAUCUUUGUAAAACUAUAAAGAGAGUGACUAAUUCAAUUCACUAUUAAUUUUGAUGAAAAUAAACAUUUUCUCUAAUAACAUACAUUAUUCUGUAGUCGAA